AUGCCGUCCAACACCCUCCCUCAUACUAUCACGAAUCUAGCAUCAAGCACCGAUCAACCGAGCACGACUGCCUCGACGGCCUCGCUACAGCGCCACCAUCGAAUCGACGAAGAAGCCGACUUUGCGAUUGCCUCGUCGACCUCAACUUAUGCUAUCGCGGAGGAAGAGUUUGAGAGUGAAUGCGACCGAGAACGUUUAAAUAAGAACUGGGGCGAGAGGUUUAGGGAUACAAUGUCGGAUAACCAGGUUGUGGUGAAUACUUUUAUUGCUGGUGGUUUAGCUGGAGCGACAAGUAGGACGGUAGUCAGUCCGUUAGAGCGAUUGAAGAUCAUUCUUCAAGUUCAGGCUGCCCAGUCGACCACCGGUGUCCCAGGACAAUCGUAUACCGGAGUAUGGCACAGUCUCGGCCGUAUGUGGAAGAAUGAGGGGUGGAGAGGGUUCAUGAAGGGAAACGGCAUCAACGUUGUCAGAAUUCUCCCCUACUCUGCCCUACAGUUUACAUCCUACGGCGCCUUCAAAUCCCUCCUCUCCACCUACUCUGGCCAAGAAAACCUCUCCACGCCUCUUCGCCUAUCAGCAGGCGCAGGCGCAGGCAUGGUCGCCGUCAUCGCCACCUACCCCCUCGACCUCGUCCGCGCAAGACUGUCGAUUGCGACCGCCAACGUUGCGGCGCACAAGCCUGGAUCGGCAUUCACGGCAGCGGAUGCGAAACUUGGGAUGGUCGGCAUGACGAAAAAGGUGUAUGCUACGGAAGGAGGGGUGAGGGGAUUGUAUAGAGGAUGUUGGGCGACGGCACUGGGCGUUUCGCCUUAUGUGUCGCUCAACUUUUAUCUCUACGAACAUGCUAAGACGGUAUUCCUCGCGCCUGAGAAGGUGGAGAACAAGUCGGAAACGGAGCUGGCCCUGCGCAAGCUCUUCUGUGGCGCGCUGAGUGGAGGAGGGAGUUUGAUCUUUACACAUCCGUUUGAUGUCUUGAGGCGUAAGCUUCAGGUCGCGGGGAUGAGCUCCAUGGGGCCAGAGUACAAGGGCGCGAUUGACUGUAUGAGACAUAUUAUCAAGACGGAGGGGUUCUGGAAGGGGAUGUACCGUGGAUUGACACCGAACCUGAUCAAGGUCACUCCGUCGAUAGCGGUCUCCUUCUAUACGUUUGAGACUGUGAGAGAUCUAUUGGCGGCCGUCUGA